AUGUUCGGUAUUGUUGGGGUCCCUGUGAUUGAGAUAGCUAUUGCUGCACAAAUAGCAGGAAUCAAAUAUGUCGGCAUGAGAAAUGAGCAAGCAGCGUGCUAUGCUGCAUCAGCCGUGGGAUAUCUUACAGGCAGACCUGCCGUGUGCCUUGUGGUGUCUGGACCCGGUCUCAUUAAUACCCUCAGUGGGAUGGCAAAUUCUAAUAUGAACUGCUGGCCUCUGAUUGUCUUAGGUGGAUCUUCUGAUACUAACCAGGAAACAAUGGGUGCAUUUCAAGAGUUUCCCCAGGUGGAAACCUGUCGACUGUACAGUAAAUUCUCUGCCAGACCCAGCAGCUUGGAAGCAAUACCCAUUGUUAUUGAGAAGGCUGUAAGAACAAGUAUAUAUGGCCGCCCUGGUUCUUGCUAUGUGGACAUUCCUGGAGACUUUGUAAACAAGAUGGUUGAUGGGAGUGAAGUCAGGUACACAAAAUGUUUACCACGACCCAUCAGCCUGGCUGACCCAUUAGAAAUACAGAAAGCAGUCGCUGAGCUAAAAAAAGCUCAAAACCCUCUGGUUAUAAUAGGAAAAGGUGCUGCAUUUUCACGUGCAGAGAAGGUUAUCCGGAGACUAGUAAAUGAAUAUGGACUGCCAUUUUUGCCAACGCCAAUGGGUAAAGGUGUUGUACCAGAUGAUCAUCCAUUUAGUGUUGCUGCUGCUAGGUCCAGUGCAUUGCUGCAUGCAGAUCUUAUACUGUUAUUGGGUGCCAGGCUGAACUGGAUGUUGCACUUUGGGCUUCCACCAAGGUUUCAGCCAGAUGUGAAGAUCAUCCAGGUUGACAUUUGCCCAGAGGAGCUUGGCAAUAAUGUUAAACCUGUAGCAAGUCUCGUGGGUGAUAUUAAUGCAGUGACUCAGCAGGUAAGAUGA